AUGAAUUUCAAUCUUGGAGAUUGUUCUAAUAAUAAUGAUGAAGAUUUUUCUUCUUCGUCAUCAUCUUCGUUAGAUUUAGAUUUUUUUCCUAGUACAGAACACCAUGAUAAUUUAAUAAAUCAGCUACGUAUGAACAACUACAUGUUCCAACAAGUUCUACAAAACCAUACUAAUGAAGUUUUCAUAGGUGGCUCCAUUCCAGGUCAUGUGGUAAUCAAUCGUGAUCGUGAGGCGACUGAUGAUAAUUUAUUUCGUCAUUAUUUUUCAGCCACACCACGCUUUAAUGAUGCAAUAUUUCGCCGUCGUUAUCGAAUGUCCCGCAAUUUGUUUCUUCGUAUCGUUGAUGCAAUUAAAGAUCACGACACGUACUUUGAACAACGCAUUGAUGCACUAGGUAGAUUUGGAUUAUCUACUUUGCAAAAAAUUACCGCUGUGUUUAGAAUGUUGGCAUACGGUUUGCCAGCGGAUUCCACUGACGAAUACGUGAAAAUUGGAGAGUCAACUACGAUUGAAAGUAUGAAGAGAUUUUGUCGAGCUAUUGUAGAGGUUUUUGGUGAGCAAUAUUUGAGAUCACCAACACCUAACAAUGUUGCGAGGCUUCUACACAUUGGUGAGCAGCGUGGUUUCCCAGGAAUGUUAGGUAGUCUAGAUUGCAUGCACUGGAAAUGGAAAAAUUGUCCAACGGCAUGGGCUGGGCAAUACACAGGUCGUAGUGGAUCACCAACAAUUAUUCUUGAAGUUGUUGCUGAUUAUGACCUUUGGAUAUGGCAUGCUUAUUUUGGUUUGCCUAGCACCAAUAACGAUAUUAAUGUUUUAGAGUCAUCACAUUUAUUUUCCAAUCUUGCUAGCGGUAUUGCGCCUCCCGCCCAUUAUGUUAUUCAAGGAAAAGAAUACGAUAUGGGUUAUUAUUUAGCUGAUGGUAUAUAUCCUAAAUGGACUCUCACAUUUUUGGAGAAAGGAAAUGCUACAUGA